UUUGUGGAGAUACAGUUCCAAUGUAACUAUUCUGAUUGACAUAAGUUCCCAUGGUUUGUAGCCACCCUAGUGCUUAGUGGCCCAGUGUUAUGUAAAAGUAUGGAUUGGCUGCAGAGUUAUGAUGGAUUUUUAAGUUCAUAUCUGGAUGAGGAAAAACUACAUAGGAUGAGCAUGGGCUUUAGCUAUCUACACUCCAAACUAAAUACUUCAUAGUUUUUUCUCUGCACUCAUGGAAAGACAACAAACAAUUAAAAAAAAUCACUAGCCAAGAUUAGUGUGAACCAUAAGACAAAAGAAGAAAAUAAAAAUAAAAAUACUUCCAAUGCUUGGAAAAGGGAAACAUGCCCCUUAUUGUCCACAACACUCAACUUUCUGCCCAGUAAGUUCUCUCAAUCUCUUGACCCUACCUUGGCUUUCAUAUAAUCAAAAUCUCACUCAAAUGUCAUGAGCACUCCACCUAUCACUUCAGUCACUUCUUUUACAACUCUCUCUCUCUCUCUCUCUCUCUCUCUCUCUCUCAUAAGUGAAAACUUGAAAACUUGAAAACUUGAAAGCCACAUCUAAAAAACCACACAACAAAGUGCUGCAACUGAGCAGGCCUCCUCAAUACCCGGACACAAUGCACUGUUCCUUCUCACUCUCUCUCCCUCUAAUUCUACUUCUCCUCUCACUCCCUUCUUCUAUUCCUUCUGCCUCCACCACCAAUUCCCACCAUGCAAAUAAACAACCACCCAUCAACGCCCCCAAGCCCAUCAACACUAUAGCUCCAUCUGAAGCAGAAGCUCUGUUCAAGAUCAUGGACUCCAUGUCCUCUGAUCAAAACUGGAGAAUUUCCCAUCCUAACCCUUGUCAGCCAGGCUCAUCCUGGCCUGGAAUUGAGUGCAAAGUAGGAAAAGACAACUACCUACACGUCUCCAGGCUUGACUUUGGCACCCCACCAAAUCCAACUUGCAAAAAAACAGCUACAUUUCCUUCACAAAUCUUUGCUCUCCCAUAUCUUCAAUCUGUGUUCUUCUUCAAUUGUUUCACUCACACCAAAACCACUCUUACUGUUCCACAAAACAGAGCCUCCCCUGCUUCACUUCAACAGCUCAGUCUCCGAUCUAACCCAGCACUCGUUGGCCCAAUCCCACCUCAAAUUUCAACACUCAAGUCCCUUGAAAUCCUCACGUUGUCACAAAACCGCCUCACUGGCCCAAUUCCAUUGGAGAUUUUCAGCUUGGGCAGUUUGGUACACCUUGACUUGAGCUACAAUAUGCUCACAGGCACUAUCCCAUACCAGCUGGGCAGUCUCAGAAACCUUCAAGGCCUUGAUUUGAGCUACAAUAUGCUUACAGGGGCCAUCCCAAACACAAUUGGCCAACUGGGUUUGCUUCAAAAAUUUGACUUCAGCUCAAAUUCACUUACUGGGGGCAUUCCUGAUGGCAUUGAGAAGCUCAGUUUAUUGGUUUUCAUGGCUCUGAGCAACAACAAAUUGGGUGGGCAAUUUCCAAAAGGUCUGGAAAAAUUGCAAAGCUUGCAGUAUUUCAUUUUGGAUGGCAACCCAAUUCAUUCACCUCUGCCACUAGAGUUUGGUAAGUUGGUGAAACUUCAAGAACUCAGGCUUGCUGAUUCUGGGUACUCUGGCACAAUACCAGAAAGCUUUUCACAGCUUAAGAAUUUAAGCACUUUGUCGUUGCAGAACAACCGUUUAAUGGGUGAAAUUCCGGUUGGUUUUGGCAGUCUCUCACAUAUAUACCACAUGAAUCUGAGCAGAAAUAUGUUGGGGGGUGUUGUGCCUUUCAACUCAAGUUUCUUGAAGAGGUUGGGAAGAAAUUUGGAUCUUAGUGGAAACCCAGGUCUUUGUUUGAGUCCCUCUGAGGCACACAGUUCGAAAAUUGGAGUUAAUGUUUGUGGAAAGAAUAACAAUGCGUCUUCUAUCCAGCCCUGGAAGAAAUCUCAAGCUCCAUCUGGGCUCUCCAAGCCAUUGUUCCUAUUUACUGCUUUAUGUGUUUGGGGAUUGCAUCAAAUGUUGUUUCUGGUAUGACAAAGAUUUGAUGUGCAUUUGGGUUCUUUUAGUUUACAAGCAUUAGGAACUGCCAAGUUUAGAAGAAAAGUAAGGUUUGCUUCUGCUAUACAAGUUUCUAUUUUUAGCAGACUCCCUGGUUCCUGUAUAACAUGUGUCUAGUGUAUUGUAAAUUACUGGCUUUUUGUUUCAA